GUGCGCAUUGUUGCACACCAUGUCAUCGUAUACUCCUAAAAAUCGCAAAUUCGCUUUCAAGGGAGCCGUUACCAUCCUUUCAGCAAAAAUUACUGCAGGCAAUCAACUUCCCAACCAUCACAUCAACCAAUACGAUGUUUGCCAACCGUUAGUUUCCAGCUCCAUUUACAGCGAUAAUCUCAGCAUUUCGGCCGAUGAGUAUUUCAACCGCUUCCAUCACCUCGCAUCAAUGCUGCCUCACAAGCAAGACGCCCCGUUUCCAUUUGUUGCGUCCUAUCCCCAGCCCUCGUUCGCCAAUGUAUAUCAACAACGGGCAUAUUCCUCAAAGUACGCGCAACGGUGUAUAGUGACCGAUUUGUCAAAAGACAUGUUACCAAGCCGGCCCGUACUAUGUGAAUCCUCCGAUGAUUCUGCGGGUUCGUUACCAUCAUCGACCACUCCAGCCCCAUUCGGUUUCUCCUCCUCUUUGACUUCUUCUCACGCGCCACCGUCACCAGCUGCUCAUAUGAUAUCUUGCAGCGAUCGGUCCUCGGAUCUGGUUCCUGACGUCUGUUUAUCCAAAUACCGCAAACUACCACCAUAUUACACUCCCACAUCUUAUCCCGACGAUUGUUAUGACGACAAUAAUGAAGGUUUUAAUGAUGCCAUUUUACCGUCUUCGCUCAAUGAUCUCCUCACAGCCUCCGAGCUUGAAUUGCGGGAACGCCAGGCACACUGUCAACAGCAGCGGCAACUAAUGAGAGGCCACUCAACCCAGCGAUCGUGCCAAAGUCACAGCCCACAGGAAUCGGAAGCUUCCUUUUUUUAUCCCAUGAAUAACAAUCACACCAUCUUGGUCCAAAUGGCCACAGAUGAGGGUAACUGAAAGCCAACGCAUGACCAUUACUAUUCCUGAAAGCGCAUGCUAUCUCUUUCAUUCAUAUGUAACUUGUUGUAGAUUUCGGCGCCCCAUCAUACUUGAUGAUACGAUCCAUCUUCUGUUGCACCAUGCUAUUAUAGACAUCGUAAAUAAACACAUCAUCCGCAAACAAAUAGAUAUCAUAAUAGAAAAAAAAAGUUGACCAAUAAAAUAAAAGAG